GAUGACCAAUCUGUAAAGCAGGGAUUGGCGUUGCGACAUAUCAAAACAUUAAAGAUCAGGGAUGGAAGUUUUCUUCGAAUGCGUGACUCUACCAAAUGCAAUUCGAUGACAACUCGUCAACGUUCGUUACUCGUACGCAUUGGUGCAAGGAACCAGUGACGGUGACAUGUAGAGUGAGGCAACAGCAUAAAGAAACAUAAUGAAGAAAGAAUGAAUAUUUCUUCAGCAUUGAUUGGUACAGUAUCCUUUAGUCUUGUUAUCGAAUCUUCUGCUUGUUCAAUUACAAUCACAGCUAAUUUCGACACUAAACCGAUUUACAACAAAGAAAAGCUAUUGGAUGCCCCUAGCACCUGACUCGGUUUGCAAACGAGUGAAUACUGUUUCUCAACAACGAAGGCUAUAUCACUCAAAUCAUUUCAGACUGACAAAGAAGCUACUUCACUGUCAAGGGCCUUACAUUUUGACACGAAGACUAGGCAUCAAAAGUGCUGCUUCGUUCUUGACUUGCUCUCAUUAUUGCGAUGAAAUAGAGCAGUGUUCUUUGAUAUCCAUGGCUUACAGAUACAUCUUCUACUUUUGUAAGGAUUUUAUAUGACAUUUCUUACAUUUGAUCAUCAGCCAUAACUUUCUGCUCUUACUGCUUCAAGGUGAUCAAAUGAUCAUCCAUAUCCUGCUUUCUGGAACAGUCUUCGUCAUAGUGAUGCAUUUCUCAA